GAUCAGUCAGAGAAGAACCUCGACGCCCAAGAGCUCGGUCACAGGCUCGACCCGAUGAAGAACCGGAUCUUGGAGCUUCGGAUCAUCUUGGGCGUGGGAGUCGCUUUCGGGGCCUUCCAAGCUCCCUGGCAAGCUCUGCCGGUUCUGAUCGACCGGAAGAUUGCCGCGGACCCUGCCUUGCCUUUGAGCGAAAGUCAGUUGAAAAUCAGUGAGACCUUCGUUUUCGUUGGUUGGCUCCUCGGGUAUGGAAGCCAGCUCUGCGCGAUGGUGAACACGCUCUAUGCCGUUGUCGCUGUGCUGAUGGCCAUGAGCUGUGGGACUUUGACGCUGCAUUGGGACUGGCGGCUCGAGGCCUUGAUCUGGUUCGGCCUCCCGAUGGUCCUCGGCCUGCUGGUGGCCUUCCCAGAUCUUUUUCAGGCCAUUCUCUCGCUUCCCCGGGCCCUUGCAAGAAGCCCACAUGCGGGCCCGCAAAGCCUCCAACUGAGGAGCAAGGACAAGAGCCUUCAAAGCUCUGGCUUGGAGGAGGCCGAAACCAUGAGCCGCUCCAUGUACCGGGAUUUGUGCCACCUGUCGCUUUGCUUCGCUUGCACAGUCUUCGCUUACUACGGCUUGAGCUAUUCCCCAGACUCCCUCUCCACAAAUCCUUUUCUCAGCGCCUGGCUCAUCAACGCCUCAGACAUACUCGCAUGUGUGCUGUCCAGCCGCGCCGGGGCCUUUGGCCGAAACCGAGCGCAGCUUUGGGGCUUCAUCGUGGCCGGCGUGAGCCUGAUUGCUUGCGCUGUGGGCACCGUGGACAGCGUCUUCGUGAUCUCCAUGGCGAUCCUGGCGCGGGUGGCCUUAUCCGUGGCGUUUGUGACCGUCUACGUGGCCUUGGCGGAGGUCUUCCCGCCGUGGUGUCAGAAGACAGCCCUGCCUACGUGUGAAAUCAUGGCCCGGGUUGGUGGCUGCUUCUCCCCAUCAAUUGGGGCUCUGCCAGUGCAUCGUAGCCUGCCGCUUUUUGGGUUAGCAUGCUUGCUGGCUGCGAGGGCAUCCGCAAAGUUGCCAGACAAGUAUGCUCCAAAGGAGUUUUGA